AGUAUGCUGCAGAAGGACAACUCCAAUGCGACGGGAGAGAUAAGACCGGAGCAGACUGCACGGAAAGUGUGCUCACUGACGAAGUUUGGUUUCAACGAAAAGUUCUUCUUCUUUUCUAGUUGUUCACAUGACACGUGGGGAUAAGAAGUGUGUGGUAACACAGUAGAUUUGGACAAGACCUGAAACAAGUAGCCUCGUUAAAGAAAAAGCGAGCGCGUCUGCUUGCGAAACACUUGUGGCGUUUUGGCUUGCAAUUGGGAAGCGGUGUGUAUACCAACAACCCAUGGAGCAGGAAACCUUGGAAACCUUGGAGAUUAUUGAGAGAGGAGAGAGGUCUGUCAGCAGGGGUACUGAGGCCACGCCCCCAUAUGGCUAUCAGCUAGACCUGGACUUCCUGAAGUAUGUGGACGACAUACAGCGUGGCAACACCAUCAAGAGGCUGAACAUCCAGCGGAAAUCCAGGCCUGUCCGGCCGACGGCGGAGCCCGUGCCCAGGGGAGGUUACUCUGGUGGGGGCAGUGGGUACAGUGGGCAGGGCCAGGCUGAAUGGACCUCCACAGGCUCCCUACCCUCCUCCAGUGAAGAGGCACAGCAGAGUCCCCUCUUCUACCCCUCCCCCCAGCCUCACCCUCCCCCCACCCUGAUUUACCACGCCCAUGCCCCUCCCCUUCCUCCCCUACCCCCCGAGGGCUACCUGAGCGUCCCCGCCGAAGCCCCCCAACGGCCCCUUCUCCCGCCCCCCUCUCUGUGGGAACCUCCCCUCCUCAACCCCCAGGUUGAGAAGACCCUGAUGGAGACGAGGAGGAGGUUAGAACAAGAGCGCCACCUCAUGCAGCCCCCCUCCCCCUCCGAACCCCCUGGCCCUGCUCCUCGCCACCGCCUGGCCUCCUUCGGAGGGAUGGGGGGGUCCAGCACCUCCCUGUUCUCCCCCCUGCUUCCCAACGGGGGUGGAGGUAGUGGAGAGUACAACCCCUACUACACUUCCAUGGGUUCCUCUAUGCACCACAGCCCCAUGUCCUCGGGCAUGACCACGCCGGCCACCACCGUGUCUCCACUUCACCUGCAGCACAUCCGGGAGCAGAUGGUGGUGGCACUGCGGAGGCUGAAGGAGCUAGAGGAGAAGGUGAAGACCAUACCUGUCCUGCAGGUGAAGAUAGCCGUGCUGCAGGAGGAGAAGAGACAGAUGACCUGUCAGAAGAACCAAAGGCUGGGGGUGGGGGGCAUAGUGGGGGUGGGGUUCAGGAAGAGGUCCUAUAGCGUGGGCAGUGCUGACCAGUUGGCCGACCAGCUGGACACCCAGACACAUACCCUACAGACCCAGGAGCUGCACAUCAUGGAGCCAGAGGGCCAGGAGUGUCAGGGCCAUAGUCAGAGUACCAAGGGGAUGGAGGAGUUCAGGAGGCUGGCUGCAGAGGUCCAAGCCCUGGGGUCAAACAGCCAGGAUCAAGGGUCUCACCAGGCCAGGCGGACCCAGACCUCCCUCCCUCUCACCCACAAUAACAACAACCAGCUCACCUCCACGGCGGUCGGCCCAGAUGAGAACAUGAACGACGCCACGGCGGUCGCCCAGAGGAAGUCGCCGGUGAUGACGAUGGUACAACAACGACGCUUCUACUGUGACGUCGGAAUGGCGACGGAGCAGCGUGAGACUCGCAGUGCUGGGACGGGCGUGACGGAAGCCAUGUUGGGCGUGACCAGCGAGAUGGAGGCAGAGCUAGACUUGCAGCAGCAGACCAUCGAGGCCCUGAAGGAGAAGAUCUACCGGCUAGAGGUGGACCUGAGAGAGACCACCCACCUGAUGGAGAUGUCCAAGCUGAAGCUAGAGCUGCAGGCCGCUGGGGGAGCCAAUAAGAAGAGGGCUGAUAAAGGCUGCCAGGUGCGGCCAGACACCUACAGCAUGGCCUGCCAGGCGCGGCCAGACACCCAGAGCACUGGCUCAGAGACCUGGAGAGUCCAGACACACAGCCAGGGAGUGGGGAACCAUCUAGAGACCAGCCAUGCCUCCACAGGGGAGACCCUCCACACUGUAGGGGUAGGGGUGUCCUGUCAACCCAUCCUGAGACACACUGCUUCGGGUCCUGACCUGCCCAUGGAGAGGUGGCUGGUGCAGGAGAGGGUAGAGGUGCAGGACCAGUGUGUGGGGAGGCAGUUGGAGGUGUGUGACCAGGGGGUGGGGGUGGAGGUGGGGCUGUGUGACCAGGGAGUGAACACUGAUGAGGAAGUAGACAGUCUAGAGCUGUGUCAGGCCCAGGAGACCGAGGCCAGGGAGAGGGAGAGCAGGUCGGUGGGCGUUGGGGAGUGUUCUAGAGACGUCACCGUCUCUCCCAUCAGACAGCUGGUUACCACGGGGACUAACCCUGUCCUGGGCACCACCACGGACUCUGCUGUCAUGGUAACCCCAGACACCGCCUCCCAACACACCAGCACCCUACUGGAGACCGCUAGCCAACACACCAACACAGAGACAGUGGUGCUAGCUGACGGCUGUACCAACACCCCCCUGCUUCACACUGCUGAGAAACACACCAGCACGCUAACCAAUCACACAAGGACUGUCGCUGUGGGCGAGGGGCUGAUCAAAGACCCACAGACCAAAACCAGGUCUGUUGCCGUGGGAAACACAGCAGAGCGAGACGGCGGUAGGGAGGAAGCAUGGUCGGCCCAGACCAAAGAGGUGGGCGUCGGCCUGGUCGGCAUCCACACUAACUUCCUGGUCGGCCUGAAGACCCGGAACAUUGCAUGUGGCCCCUCCCACCUGGACGGAACCGCUCUUACCCAGGAGACCAUCGCAGUGACGACUGUUGUACCACCUCAGGCCCAGGCCAUACCACCGCCCCAGCAGGUGGAGGGGGGGACAGGACUAGACCAUUACAUAGAGAGGCUUCAGAAGCUACUUCAGGAACAACAGAUGCUGUUGACUGAGAACUACAGUGAGCUAGCGGAUGCUUUCGGACAGCCCUGCUCUUCUCAGUUCACCCACUUUGGUUCUAUCAACAGCCAGCUGGUCAACACUCUGACUUCUAUCAUGAAGUAUGGCAGUGCUGAGGAUCUGAGAACACAGCGAGAUAGCAGCAGCACCACUACAGAUCGGGGUCAGCUGCAGGUGUCCAGUGAAGUCAUGCAGAGUUCAGAGGUUAGCCAGACGGAGGUAGUGUCACAUGACCCCAGGUCCCCGCCCAGCCCGGCCACGCUGAAGCACCGCAUGGACCAGCAGAUGUCCAGCGCCUUGAACGGUCGUAAGAGCGCCCUGAAGUCCAUCAUGAAGAAGAAAGAUGGCCGCCAGGGUUCUUUGGGAACCAAGAAGAACCUACAGUUUGUUGGAGUCAAUGGAGGGUACGAGACAACGUCGAGUGAUGAAUCAGAGGACAGCAGCUCCUCUGAUACAGAAGAGGAGGAGGAGGAAGAGGAGGAGGAGGGGAAUGUGUUCGGAGAAGGAGAGGAAGCUGAAGAGAGGAACACAGAGGAAUUCCAGAACGAGGGUGCAGUGGAAGCGGGAACGAGUGAAGAGGAGGGAGGAGGAGACAAGCUAGAGAUGAGAGAGAGGUUUGAGUUGAGUGAGAAGAUGUUGGCUGCCUGUAACGUGUUGAAGAACCACCUGAAUGAUGGCAAGGCCUUAACCAGUAAAGAUGUGAGAGCCUGUGUGAACACAGUUCAGAGCGAGUGGUUCUGGGUGUCCAGUCAGAAGACGGUGGUGCCCGGCAUAGUGGAGGACUAUUUGACAGCGUUCCGUGACAUCUCGCCGGCCAUGCUGCGGCACAUUGUCAACAUGGCGGACGGUAACGGGAACACGGCGCUCCACUACAGCGUGUCACACUCCAACUUCCACAUCGUCAAGACGCUGCUCAACGCAAAUGUGUGUAACGUGAACCAGCAGAAUAAGGCUGGCUAUACUCCCAUCAUGCUGUCUGUCCUGGCGGCUGUGGAGGCUCCUAAAGACAUGGCCAUCGUAGAGUACCUCUUCAGCAAGGGAGACGUCAACGCUAAGGCCAGCCAGGCUGGCCAGACAGGGCUGAUGCUGGCGGUCAGUCAUGGCAGGAUGGACAUGGUUCGGGCGCUGUUGGCUCAGGGGGCAGAGGUCAAUGUCCAGGAUGAUGAGGGUUCUACAGCCCUGAUGUGUGCCAGCGAACAUGGCCACGCUGAGAUAGUCAAACUACUGCUGGCCCAGCCGGGCUGCGACGCCACUCUCAGCGACAGUGAUGAGAGCAAUGCCCUGUCUAUCGCUCUGGAAGCGGGUCACAAGGACAUAGCAGUGUUGUUGUACGCCCACGUAAACUUCUCUAAGGCCCAGUCACCGGUCAGUACUCUCUACCGCUGUUCCCUGAUCUCUGACCCUUACCUCUGUUCUCUGACCUCUAACCCUUAACUCUGUUCUCUGACCU